AUGUCUUACCAACAGCAGCAGUGCAAGCAGCCCUGCCAACCUCCUCCUGUGUGCCCACCUCAGAAGUGCCCAGAGCCUUGUGCUCCUCCAAAGUGCCCAGAGCCUUGUCCUCCUCCAAAGUGCCCUGAGCCUUGUCCUCCUCCAAAGUGCCCAGAGCCUUGUCCUGAGCCAUGUCCCCCUCCCUCAUACCAGCAGAAAUGCCCUCCUGUGCAACCUCCUCCACCCUGCCAGCAGAAGUGCCCACCCAAGAGCAAGUGA